GCACGCUGAGCCGCACGACGCCGUACUGAUUGGGUGAAAAACAUGGAGUCAGAUGACGUCAGAUUUCCGGGUUUUGGGUAAGACGUUGAGAGGUAACUAUCGGUCAGUCUGGUGAUAGUGACGGUAGAGCAACCGGCGUUCAGGCUGCUGUAAAGACUGGAAGAUCCUUCAGACAGCGCUUUAAGGUCACAUUUUUAAAAAGGAGGAAGUGAGGCUCUGCAUCUGUGAAAUAACCAGACUCAUUAGGUACCAGCGUAAUAAAGAAACAGUCACUCAGCUUUGGACACCUGAGUCUUGAAAUCUACAUGACUAUGAAAAUCGACCUUAGCAAUGUGGUCCUGCUCCCUGUCCACAUGCUGGUAUGGCUGUACUCAGUGCUGAGCUUCCUACCAUGGUACUUCCUAACGGGAGCCCAGAAGAAGAGCGCCCUUGCCAAGCGACUCAAGGCCAAAUCCACCAAAGGUCAAAUAGAGGGUCCGUAUCGCUGCGUGGACCAUUUCGACUCCCUGGCCCUGAUGGAUUUCCCUGGAAAAGACACACUGGACAAACUGUUCGAUCAUGCAGUGCAGCGCUUUAGCAGGUUACAGUGCCUGGGAACACGAACAAUUCUAAGUGAAGAGAAUGAAGCCCAGCCUGGUGGCAAGGUCUUCAAAAAGCUGAUUUUGGGGGAUUACAAGUGGAUGACGUAUCAGGAGCUGGAUGUUGAAGUUUCUCUCUUUGGUAGUGGCUUGGCAGCACUGGGCCAACAGCCAAGGCACAGCAUCGCUAUAUUCUGUGAGACACGUGCUGAGUGGAUGAUCACAGCUCAGUCCUGCUUCAGACACAAUUUCCCAUUGGUCACAUUUUACGCAACUCUUGGAGAAGACGCCGUGGCUUUUGGACUAAAUGAGUGUGGUGUAACUCACUUGGUCACUAGUAUUGAGCUUCUGGAAACUAAGUUAAAGAGUGUCCUUUCUCAAAUCCCCAAACUGAGGCACAUCAUUUACGUGGACAACAAGAGCCUCAGCACCGCCAGCUAUCUAGAGAACAUCCAGAUUCAUAGCAUGCAGUCUGUAAAGGAGCUGGGAGCAAAGCCUGAAAACCUGAACAGAGAGAUAGUCAAACCCGUCCCCUCAGACCUGGCUGUCGUCAUGUACACCAGUGGCUCCACAGGACGACCCAAAGGAGUUGUGAUUGUCCAUAGCAAUCUCAUUUCAGGCAUGACAGGCCAGUGUGAGAGGAUCCCAGGCCUAGGCCCCAUGGACACUUAUAUAGCUUAUUUGCCCUUGGCCCAUGUGCUGGAGAUGACUGCGGAGAUCUCGUGUGUCGCAUAUGGCUGCAAGAUUGGUUAUUCCUCCGCGCAGACACUCUCUGAUCAGUCUACAAAAAUUAAAAAGGGAAGUAAGGGUGACUGCACUGUCCUGAAGCCAACACUGAUGGCAGCUGUACCGGAAAUAAUGGACCGCAUCAAGAAAAAUGUCAUGAGUAAAGUACAGGAGAUGAAUGUUGUGCAGAAGACCCUGUUCAAUCUGGCCUACAACUACAAGCUGAAGCAGAUAGAGAAUGGCUACGAUGCUCCCCUUUGCAACAUACUGUUUAAAAAGGUGAGAGCUCUGUUGGGAGGAAAUGUCCGAAUGAUGCUGUCAGGAGGAGCACCUCUUUCCUCUUCCACACAGCGCUUCAUGAACAUCUGCUUCUGCUGCCCUGUGGGUCAGGGUUACGGCCUCACCGAGACCUGUGGAGCAGGCACCAUCACUGAGGUGACUGACUACACCACAGGGAGAGUUGGAGCACCUCUCAUUUGUUGUGAGGUCAAAGUCCGAGACUGGCUAGAAGGUGGCUAUACAAAGCUGGACAGGCCUCAUCCACGAGGAGAGAUUAUAAUUGGUGGUCCAAAUGUGACCAUGGGCUACUACGGGCGUGACAACACAACCAGUGAGGAAUUCUUUUUGGAUGAAAAUGGACAGCGUUGGUUCUGCACUGGAGAUAUAGGAGAGAUUCAUUCUGAUGGCUGUCUUCAGAUUGUGGAUCGGAAAAAGGACCUUGUGAAACUGCAGGCUGGAGAAUACGUGUCUUUGGGCAAAGUUGAGUCGGCACUGAAGAACUGCACCCUCAUUGAUAACAUCUGCGCAUACGCCAACAGUGAUCAGAACUACGUGAUCAGCUUUGUGGUACCUAACCAAAAGAAUCUGACUGCUCUGGCUCAUCAGAAGGGUAUCAGUGGCUCAUGGAUGGACAUCUGCAACCAUCCACUUAUGGAGAUGGAAGUCUUGCGGGAAAUUAAAGAAGUUGCCACUUCAAUUAAACUGCAACGCUUUGAGAUCCCGGUAAAAGUUCACCUGAGCCCAGAACCGUGGACUCCUGAAACCGGCUUGGUCACAGACGCGUUUAAACUGAAGAGAAAGGAGCUGAAGAACCACUAUCUCCACGAUAUUGAGCGAAUGUACGGUCGCAAAUAAAAACCAGCCAAAUACUGAAUAUCCAUCAUCGCUCUGGCGCCCUAUACGCCUCAUGCUGAAUAUGUAUACAUGUCUAGAAACAUUUCACUGUAAUCACACAUCAUCACACGUCCUGAUAAUCUACUGUGCUGAUCUGUUUCCAAACUACUGCUCAUCAUACUGUGGAUAAUAUCAGCAGAUUUGUAAAAGUCUAAUCAGUGCUCUAGUCUCUUAGCUGUAGAAUAGUUUAAGUAGCUAUGUGGCACAAGACUCUGUUAAAGGGACAACAUUCGACUUUCACAAACAAAAAAGGCUUCGUUUUCACUUAAAACUCACUCGUGAAAGGUAACAUAUAUUAAUAGAUCAAGUAUAAUUGCUUUUAAAACAUCACCUUCAGCUAUUUGUAUUUUUGUACAAAAAAGUGAUCGGUUUGUAUUUUCAUCUUUCUAAUACAAUUAUGUAAAGAAUUUGAAGGCGUAAAACAUUCGUUAGACACGAAACGAGGUUGUCGCUGUACAGACGGGCCUAGCUUCCUUUCUGAAGCAGGCGGCGUACGGUGAGCUCAUUGUGCCUUCUGAACGGGCUUUUUUUUCCCCCCAAUAGCAGCGAGCUUCUGUUAGAAACUUCGCACAUACACUGAGGACUGUGUAAUAUACUACUUGAAAGGAUUCACAUCAAUUGUUUCUUUACGUGUAACUUUUCAGUUUUUGUUUUGUGUUGUGUGGAUUUUCAAAUGUUAAUAUUGUGCUAAUUUAUUGAAUGAACUUGUACUUUUGGAAGGACUCAGGACUGUAAAUUGCAGCUGACGGUUAUGAAAGGAAACCACUAACAUUUUAGCAAAUGUGUAUCUGUAAAAGAAACCUUCACUGAAGCUGACCAUGUUUAAUCAGUUCAAUGCAGUCUGUAGAAUAACGUUUAAUGACCAGUUUACUGACUUGAGAAGUUAGGUCGUCUUUGGAUAUAGUUUGAAUUUUCUGUUCCAGUAGUGCUGCGUUGUUUUGCCAGUUUAGGAUGCACUGCCUAGUUUUUUGCACUAUAAUUUAUUUGCGUUGCUACUUCUGAAAAUGUAGGAUUUCAUUUGAAGUUUGUUAUCCAGACACCAAUCUCCUUACCAAAUAUUUAAUUACUGUUGAGAAGUAUUGUUCAUUUGCACUGUUUAUUUAAGUGUUUUAAUUGUUUUAUGCCAUUAUUUAAACGAACAAUUACCUUAUCAACAAAGUCUGUUUGAAAUAGAUUGAGUUUGUGUUUGCACUUCUGUAUGGACAUAAUAUUUGAACAGUGCAAAAAAAAAAAAAAAAAAGGUUUCCAGCCUCAGGGUCACAAGUAAAUUCAAUGUAAUCUAAAUGUGAACAUUAGAAAAUACCAUGCAUUUGCUUGAACAUUUCAUUCCACUCUUAUUUAUUAAAUUUUGUGAACCACAUUUUAAAUGUAAUAUACAUUUGUGAUAAUUAAAUUGUUUUCUACAAAGCA